UGACACUUUGUAAACAAGUCCACCUCAUUGAUCAAGACAAAACGAAGGUUGAAUUAAUCGUUUAUAUUUUAAUGUCACAGUGCUGUGAGAUGGGUCAUGAGCCACUGAUCAAGGUGUCUGUGCCCCCAACAUGACCCUGAGAAGGUGCAGUUCCCCAGCACUCAGCACCAAGACCAGUAAACAGUGACAGCAACAGUCAUGGAGUCACAGCUGCCUGGUCCUCGCACCACACCAAAAACACUGCAGGAGCUUGUGAUCCUCCAACUGGCCCAGAGGCUUCUUGACAAUGUUGUUCCUCCAAGUCUGAAGAAGGAGUACCUGCCUUUUAUGAAUAUGUUUGAUCACCUGCAGUUGUCCACCACAAAUUCCCACAUGAACCUUGUUGAGGCUUCAGCAAGUUGCAAGCUUUGUAGGUUUACUGAAGAGGGAUUAGGUGCCCUUAAUAGCUGUGAUACCACCAUAGACGAUAUUAUCUUGGCAGGGGAAGAACACUGUGAACAUCUAUUAGGUAAAAAGAAACUUUUGCUGGAACACAUGGUGAAGGUGAAGCAGUGGUGGGAUGAUGAGGGAUGGUUUGGGAAACAGGAAUCAAAACUCCGCACGCUGCUUCGGGGCGGCUGUUCUUACACGCUGGAGCUCCUCAGUCAACAGUGUGUGUGCCCGAUACUCAUCCUUACACUCGAACUGAUGUUCUCCACAAAAGCUGGGUUUAGUAAGAUCGAGAAACCACACCCACACCCCUACCAUAUAGUUGAUAACUUAAAUGGUUUUCUUUUAAACCUUCAACCUUUUGGAAUAGAAAAAUUAUAUACAGGUGAGUUACAGUUUGAUUGCCCAUCUCUCAUAGGUACUAUCUGUAAACUUUCUCCCCGUUUAAAGUGGAUACAUUUGAAAAUAGAGUUUGCUAAGGGAAGUGUUUUACAGGAGAUAGGACACACUGCCCCCAACAUUGAAACUGUCAUUAUUGCCGUCAGAGAAUGUGAACUGUAUGAGACAACAUCCUGGACCGUAGAGAUUGUCAUUAUGGGCGGUCAGGGCCUCGAGGAGAACUUGUACGCUGGGUUUUUUGACGGUCUGGACAAAAUUGCCGUAAAUCAUAAAAUUCAGAAUGGUGAAAAUUUAAAACUUUCUUUCCCAAAAUUGAAAUACAUUGAUGUAGGAAGUCAUCGAGAUGUGAGGGAGUUCCUACACCACCUCUUAUACUCUUACCCUGACAUCAAAAGCAUUACCUGUGACUCAGAAAAUUGGGUUCUCAGCAAGUAUUCUAUUGACUUUCCUGUCAUAACUCCUUCUACUUUAGGCAAUGGUCCAAUAUCCCUACAAGGACGAACGGUCACGUACAACCUGAGAGACAUGAGCUUUUCUUCAUUUUGUCUUGCUUCAAAGCUUCAUGAUAUUAUUGCAAGGUUCAGGAAGUUGGAGCAUGUUAGUUUACAUUUAUUGAAAGGGCCAUGGAAGAUUAAGUCAACUAGUGAAAAUGCUAAGGAGUUACUCACUACAAUUAGUUGCCAAUAUUUAACAAUAUGUGUUGAUGUGUACAUGAGCAAAGAGGAUUUACUGAGUCUGUACACACCGUCGCUUCAUACAAUUGGUUCUUCCCUUAAGAUCUUACAGUUUCACCUCACCAAUGAAGUGAAUGUUGGAGUUUUGUGUCAGCUCAUCAACAUGUGUCCGUGUGUGGAAGAGUUAUCCUUAGUAACAUCGUGUGAGAGGUGUGAAGUUGAAGGAGAGGACGAUCGAGAGAUUCGCUUAAAUGAGCUAAAACACCUGAAAUGUUUAAGUGUUUCUAGUCAGUAUAAUGUUACUAAUGCUCUUUAUGUAUUGUCAUGCAAACUUAUCCUCUCUGCCACAAACUUAACCACUUUAGAGCUUGAUCUUGGUGGGAAGAAAGACUUGGUAGAUUGGCUGCUCAAGAUUGCCACGAGUGGGGAUCUUGCUAGGCUGAAGAUCUUUCGCCUAAAUUUUCCGGAAUGUAAUUUGCACAAAGUGGUAAUGACCGACUUCCUCUUGUCAUUGAUAAAUGCUAUGCCUCGGCUCUCGUGCUUAAUGGUAGGCAGCGUCUGUUACUGUGUUUUAAACGCAGUGAGAGCGAGGUAUCGGUGGUCUAAGUUGAGGAUUAUCUGGAGGUCUUCAUCGUAUGUGGCGUUCAGAAAUCUUUCUUCCAGAUGUUGUUGAAGAGAUAUACUUUAUUUUUAUUUUUUAUAUAUGUUUGUAAAUGAAGGACACACACACACACACACACACACACACACACACACACACACACAUACAUACAUACAUACAUAUAUACACACACAGGGUGCACCAUAAGUUCCUUUCUUUAAGACAUUGCACAGAAUGGAAGAAAUAAACACUAAAAAAAUAACGAUCAGCAUCGCAUAGAAUAAAAAAAAAGGCUAAACGGUUUGCUUUUUUUUUUUUGUGAAUCCCAUUUUCUGUGCAGUAUUCUUUAUAAAGUGACUUAUACCACAGCCUGUAUAUACUGUACUGUAUAGUGAGUAUUGUACAUUUAUUUCACUCUUGUAAACCAUUAUAACAGGGUGGCCAAGAGAAACACAGCUGCAUGUGUUUUACUGUGAUGUAUAAAUAAGAUAUUGAAGCUCUCAGUACAGUGAGUUGACUUAAACUAGACAUUGUUAGUGGGUAGUAGUGGUGGCUUCUGGUCACAUGUGUCAGAGAGGGACGUGGAUGCUAAAGGAAAGUGAGUAAAUGAGGAGUCUACACUGAAGGUAACUCAUGAGGCAGAUACAAACAACUGAUCCAUUUAAUAAGAAACUUGAUCUUACUUUAGCAACGGAAGAAUUUGUGACCUGAGUGAAUAAAAUACAUCAUUCUUUGUUUAUUGUGUCGUUAUUGUAAUGUAUUUUGUUUAUGGUACAAAUAUUAUUACCUGCCUCAGUAACUUAUAAUUCAUGAAGUGUCAUUGUACAGUAAUAUGGUAAUAAAGAUAUAUUCACUGUAUCUAGAUUAUGUAACCCAUGACCAGCAAGAGAGUGUGAUGGGGCACUAUGAUGGGGCAGGACACUAUGAUGGGAUGGGGCACUAUGAUGGGGCAGGACACUAUGUUGCGAUGGGGCAGGACACUAUGAUGGGGCAGGACACUAUGAUGGGGCAGAACACUAUGAUGGGACGGGGCACUAUGAUGGGACAGGACUCUAUGUUGCGAUGGGGCAGUAAGAUGUAACAGCUAGUGGUUAUGGGGAUCAUUCUUACCUGUAUAUAAACAUUCCAUACCUGUGUCAAGUUAUACAUAAUGCUGUAAUAUAUCCUGAUGUCUUGAUAAGGUUAAGAGACAAGGUUUAUGACCACUUGUAUACAGGUCUCCUCUAUGAUGAAUACAUGUAUCUUGCUUUAACCAAAUAGAAUAUUAAAUGUGGCAUCCCUGUAGUGAAGGGGUUAGUGCACUCAGGUGAAGGAGGAGGGUGGAGCCGAGCACAACAGAUAUAGGUGUGGGGUGCUUGGUCCCCCUAGAUGAGCCUUCAGAUGUGCACCCCUACUGAUUUUUGAUUACCUUAUGUAAACUGUGGAUUAAUAUACUGUGCUGUGCUGUACCGUGCUGUAAUGUGCUGUGAGAAUUCAUGCAGUCCAUAUGUAACUGUAUACUGUACUGUGGCUUCAUAACUGCACUCAUGGUAAUAACCCGUGUGUUUUAUCAGUACACAAACACAGUGAAGGUAAUGUUAUUGAAACACAACUUUUUUAAGGUUUAUUUUUGAAGUCCUGUGGUCCAUAACAGUUACUUAUUAACAAACAUAAUCCGUUCACUUUUCUUAACUUUUAUUCACUUUUGUUCACUUUUCUGAAAUUUUUGUCGUUGUUUUUACUUUGGAAUGUUUAUGACAACCUAAAUUGCCUUUUGUUGUUAUCUCUCUUUUAUUUAUCACAUUCAACAAUGUUCUCAUAACAACUACUGUACUGUGUUUAAGGCAUAACAAGGUUAAUAUAGUUAUCACAACAACUACUGUAAUGUGUUUAAGCCAUAACUAAUUACAUGAGUCCAUCAAUAAUAAAAGAACUCUCACCACAGUACCUGAGCUAACCUGUUGUGGUACAGCAACUGGUGGUCACUGUGGGGUCAACCUGCCCAGAUGAUGUACACACUAUAUAUUUUUUGUAUUCUAAGUGGAAAUAAAUCUCUUUGCUCCUG